UCCUCACCCUCCUCAUUGCUCCUAGUCCCUGGAGAGAGGCAGAACCCCUGCUCCUGGAUGAUGAGGAAAGAAAGAAGGUGCUUGGUAUAACAGAGAAUGGUUUGGUUUCCUCCCCCAGAGCUGUCAGAAGGAUGAACUCUCUCCUCGGCCUCUCUGUGCUGCUUGUGUGGGGCUUGUCCCCAGCCCAUGGGAAUCUCCUGCAGCUGCACCAGAUGAUCUCAAAGGUGACAGGGAAAAGUGCUCUCCUGUAUUACGGCUUCUACGGCUGCUACUGCGGCCUGGGGGGCAAGGGGCAGCCCAAGGAUGCCACAGACAGAUGUUGCCAGCUGCACGAUACUUGCUACCAAAGCCUCCAGAAGUAUCACUGCGAUGCCAAGACACGGAUCUACCACUACAGCUGCCACCACAGCCGGCUGUCCUGCAGAUCUGGCUCCCGGUGCUCCUACUUGUCCUGCGAGUGCGACCGCAGCCUGGCUGUGUGCCUGAGGAGAAACCUCAGCAGCUACAGCAAACACCUCCAGUUCUACCCCAACAAACUCUGCUGAUGCUGCAGCAAACACCUCCAGUUCUACCCCAACAAACUGUGCUGAUGCUGCAGCAAACACCUCCAGUUCUACCCCAACAAACUCUGCUGAUGCUGCAGCAAACACCUCCAGUUCUACCCCAACAAACUCUGCUGAUGCUGCAGCAAACACCUCCAGUUCUACCCCAACAAACUGUGCUGAUGCUGCAGCAAACACCUCCAGUUCUACCCCAACAA